UUUAAUAAAAAAACAAAGGAAAAAAAAAAAAAUGGGAAGAGUAAGAACAAAAACCGUAAAAAGAGCCGCGAAAUCAUUAAUUGAACAUUAUUUCUCAAAAAUGACUAAUGAUUUCCAUUUCAAUAAAAAAAUACUUUCUGAAGUAGCCUAAGUACCCUCAAAAAGACUAAGAAAUAAAAUCGCUGGUUUUGCUACUCAUUUAAUGAAAAGAAUACAAAAAGGACCUGUUAGAGGUAUUUCUUUAAAGGUUUAAGAAGAAGAAAGAGAAAGAAGACUCGAUUUUGUACCUGAAAAUUCAGCUAUUAAUGUUGAAUAGGUAUAUAUUGAUAAUGAUACUAGAGAAAUGCUUAAAAAAAUUGGAAUGAAUAAUCUUCCUGGAUUGGCUUAAUAAAAAAGAUAAUGAGAUAUUUUUACAAUCAUUAUUCCAUAUUUUAUUUUUUAAAUAACAAUAAAAAAUUAUAUAUAAACAUUUAAUAUUUUAUUUUAUAUAAAAAAUGCAUUGUUAUUUUAUUUAUUGUUUUAUUUUUUUAUAUAUUUAAAUUAGGCAAUUUUUUUUAAUUUAAAAUAAA